AUGGUGCUAAGACAGUGUGUAUCUUGUAACUCAACGGUAACUAUUCACUGAAACUAAUAAUUUUUCGAAUUACUGUUUAUUAUCAUUUUUCGGGAUCGCGCGAUGAAUGGUCGUGAAUGUCUUGACCAUCAGUCAUUAAUCGUAGAAGUUAGGAGCUGAACGUGCAUCCUAUGCAUUACGUCAGAAGCAACAAACUUUUGUGUGACUAGCGCAAAUUUAAUGCCUUUUAUUGAUUUAUUCAAUGAAAAGAAGUAAGAGGACGAUCACAGAGGAGUUAGAUUAGUUGCGUCAAAGAGUGAUAGUUACUAGGAGAAUAUAGUUUCCUAAUUCUUCAGCAGUUUCUCCAUCUUGUCGGCGGUUUCUUAUAAAUGUUUGAGAAAUUCCUUUGAAAUUUGGGACAAAUAUAACAAUGUAUAAAAUAACCGAGAAAUCUGAGAGAUAGUGACUUUGUUGUUUGGCGUUCUGCGUUCUAUAGUCUGUUACGGUUGAGUGGCCUUCGGGCAAUUGUUCGGUAUUUACUGCAGUCCAAUUUGAUUGUCAGUUUUAAAUUGUCGUUACACGUUCAUUUUUUUUCGUUUCUAAAUUCUCUACUAAUUCUGCUUGACAACGAUGUCUUUUAUCUAGAAACCGCAUAGGAGCAAGCUAUUCACAGCCGUGAAGUCAUGACCGUUAAAAGAAAUACAGCACGUGGCGAGUCACGCGGCUAAAAAUUCCCCAGCUGAUUCACGCGCUCUACUCGAGAAAAUGUAGCGACGGCUUUAAGUUACUGAUCGUUACUAGUAGUCGCUCUGAAAACACUUUUUGAUCUUGGGCAAGGCUUAAGGAAGAAACGAAAAAAUUCAACUGCUGCGAAAAAAUUGAACUGCUGCUAGAGCCUCCGCUUUCGAGAGUGGGUGUCCUUCUCAAAGAGAGUCCAACAAAGGCUCCGCAGUGGGGGAAAAAGGCAUAACACCGCCGCCCCUUUCCCCUCCCCAGACUACCUCUCGGAUGUUUUUUUUCGCCAACCCCUACUUUUUUUCCUUUUUCCCCCAAUGCGGAGCCUGGUCCAGGCUAGUCUUGUGAUAACAUUUUUGGAGCCUCAAGCCCCUCUCUGGACACUUUCGGACUGGGCGACUAUUACAGUGCUAGCAUUUUCGUCUCUUUGCUCUUUCGCCCGAGUCUCGCCUUUAGAGACAGCAUGCCGCCUCUCUAGAAAGUCUCUCUAUCAAGCGAACAAAGAAGGGGAUAACAUGGUCCCUUAUGAUACCUCUAUAAGACGUCCAGUCCCUAUAGCGGACACCUAGAGUUGGUCCAUACUGUUGUUCAGACAUUUUCUAUGACUGGCUUUACGCCUGACACCUCCCUCAGUAAGAUUGACACUCGGUGCCGGUCCCAACAGGGAGUUAAUUCAAAUGUAUUUACUUCAUUUCCCUUUUGUCAGAUUUUAGGAACUUUGCCGUUUUGCGAAUGUGGCCGCGUUUUUGAAGACAUUCGGCAAGUAGGAGGAAAAAGAUUUUCAAGUAAGUAUUAAGCGCACCACCACUUCUUCUAUGACCACUUCUUCUUUUAAGGGCGCAGCGCGUGGCCGAGCGGUUGGAGGGCUGGAGUUGUAAUCCGGACGUCCUGUAGGUAACCGCUAGUUGGAUUUGUCCACGUAACUGUAGUCCCCCGAGUUUAACUCUUAGGUCACGCUUAUACAUAGCCAAGUGGCGACCAGUUGGGAUUCUUAACCUUGCUUUAGUUAGGGUUAGGGUUAGAAUAAAUACUACCAGGUGGCCAGUAAUUGUGUUACCACUAUAAACUCAAUUUUUGUCUUUCCUCGUCUUGACUUCCCGUGACUGAGUGGUAGGCUAGGAAGCUUACAAUCUAAAGUGUAUUUACUGAUUUUGAUGCCAACUUGCUAUUUUUGUCCAAACAUCCGCCAACAAAGUGGGCAAUAUCAGCACACCAGUGCACUGACCACUCUUUUUUUAUGCCCGUCACCCAGUUGUUACAAUAGUUAAAGAAGGAUUGGGGAGGAGUAUCUGGCGCAGGCCAAAACAAGUUCUUCGCAAGCAUUUUUUACAGAGAUCUGUUUCGCUGUAAAUUUUUAGAAUAUCGUGCAGACCUGUACACGAAGCUGGAAGCUAAACGAUUGAAGUGCAAUGAAAGGGCGAAGAAAGUACUAGGUGGUGACUCGGAUUCUGCUGAUGAACACCAGAAGCAGGUAACGCAACAUGUUUAUGUCACGGUUGUGCUCGGAAACUACCUUACUUAGCAUUGGCGAUUACCUACAUUGCAAAUAAUUUUGUGCAUUCUUACAGAUCGUAUUUCAACCUAAACGGAUCCCUCCUAGUGUAUCAUUACGUACCAAAACUCGAAGAAGUAGAAGAAAAAGAAGAACACAUAUAAAAUCUUCGCAGGAGGAUCGCCAUGAAAGGUCACUUUCUCUGUUCCAGUCCCCUGAAGAGGAAGCCGCACGUCUUUCACGAGCUCUUCAAGAAAUAAACAGGAGGAUCAUGGGACAGUCUAUGGUGUGGUUGAAUUCUUUGUAG